AACCCAAACCAAUCACGACCACCUGUUCCCUCAUCUCUGCUCGUCACGCCGCCGCAGCUCACAUCUCGUCUCCCCCUCCCCCGAGUAGUGCUGCCGUAUUCCCCCAAUCUCCAUCAUGCAGAACGAGGAGGGUAAGAUGGUGGACCUCUAUGUCCCCAGGAAGUGCUCUGCCACAAACAGGAUCAUCACCGCCAAGGACCAUGCUUCGGUCCAGAUCAACAUUGGGCACUUGGAUGAGAAUGGGAUGUAUGAUGGCCGCUUCACCACAUUUGCUCUCUCUGGAUUCGUCCGUGCUCAGGGUGAUGCUGACAGUUCUUUGGACAGGCUGUGGCAGAAGAAAAGGGCUGAGAUCAAGCAGUAGAUGAAUUUACAUGGAAGUUUUUUGCUAGAUCUUGAAGUAUUUGUAAACCUUGAAGAAAUUGUAAUGGUUGUUUGUCUAAGUAUCUAUCGAUGGUCAGUGUUGGGUAUUGUGAAAGUGUAGGCCUUUGUUGUAGUCCUGGAGAAUAACCGUUUAAUGCAGAAUUACCUAUUUACUCCAGA